GUAAUCUUGAAUUGUCCUGCUUGAGCACGAUGACGGUCGCUUGCGAUACCGAAGCGAUAUAUACGGAAACCUACCUCCAGUUCGCGGUUAAGCAUCGAAGAGCGCUCACGCGCAUUUCGCCUUGGAUGUCCGGCAAGGCACUUCGCCCGAAUGACUGUCCAUUGUUCCAUUACGGUGUCGGCAUCCCCCUUGAGCAGCUCCGCGCAUACGGCAUCAGGCGUGGGUUGAUCCCUCGCGAUGAGGCACAUAUUUCCUUGUCUGUCCUCAGCCGCCUGGACCAGAUAGUCAAAGAUAUCGCGAAACGCUGCAACGGCAAGCUGUAUCGUGCCAAGGUCGCUCACUAUAGUUAUACCAAUGUGGUGGCCCUCUACACGAACUACAGCAAGCACUUGCGGCAUCGCUCGUCGGAGGAAGAUGAGAGGGUCAUCAGCUUCAUCAAGGCCGAGCUUGAAAUCCCAUCCGAUUGUCGAGCCCUUUGGUACUGGGAUACUCACACUCCAAAAACGGUGACUGAAGAGACGCUUUCAAUUCCCAAGGCUGUCGAAUCACGCAUGCAGCGCCUGAAGCUCGAAAACGGAGAGCAAACCAUGGAGUUUGAGUCCGUAGACGAGGAAAUCAUACAAAGGUAUGCGUCCUUCGGCACCAAGCCCAAAACCGGCCGGGCCUAGCUCCCUAGCAAGAUCUCAGCUCGCGUUCUCGUCUUUCGCCGUUAUCGCUGCUAUGUUCUGUUUUCUAUCGACGAUUAUGUUUCACCUUCGCUCUCCGAAUAAUCCUCACGUAUAGCUGUAUGACAGUGCUGGCGUAAUACCAGUGAACCACGAAUUGUGCUCACCAAGCGCUGACUAGUUUACGAGAUGAAAGAACGGUAUCUUCGUCGCUGCGUUCGUUACUGUCGUCAUUUCGUCGCCAC